AUGUUGCCGACUGCAGCUGCUCCUGCUACCGUUACCAUCGAGGGUCUCCAUGGUCAACUCGUUACCUUCCCCGCUGAUUCUGAAGCACUGCAUGGAGGUCAGGUCCGGCAGACCGUAGGAGGCGACAAGGAUUCCGACGAGGAUAGCGACUCGGAAGAGGAGGGAACGGAUGAUGAUAAUGAAGAGGCAGGAGGCUAUCAGCAACUACCGUUCGAGCCGGUGCUGGUGGGUGGUGACGCUGAAGCCACGAAUGGCUACGAGCAAGCAGACGCUGCUGCCGGUGUUGGUAUUAUGCAAGCAUACUCCGGUGCCGCCGUUGGCGACAUGCAAGCAGAAGCUGGAGGCGCCCACGCCAACGUGCAGUUUGACACUGGUGCCGCGGCUGGCAACGCUCAAGCCUUCGCUGGAGGUGCCGUGCAGUUCUUCGCUGGAGCCGCCGCUGGCAACGCUCAAGGCGUCGCUGGAGCCGCCGAAGGCAACGCUCAAGUCGCUGCUGCGAAUGUGCUGCCGACUAAGAGACUUCGAUCAGCACUGCACCUCUGUUGUGUGUACGUGAUGGCAGUACCCGAUGUUCAUCAUGCCACGAUGAACCGUAAUCUUGUCGCCGAGAUGGAUGAUAUGCGCAACACGAUGGCGAUACUGCAGGAGAACCAUGCGGCAACGGCUCAGAUUGAGCAGGAACGGGAUGCGCUUCGUGGGGAGGUAGCCGUGCUGCACGCGCAGAUUCGCAUGCUUCAAUCGAGAACCAUCGAUGGAGUGGAAGCUGUUGACUUUGAUAAUCCACAAAUCGAUGUGGAGAAGCUGCCAAAGGUGGACGGGAAGAUCCACAUCCCGACCAUCUUAUCCGAUGACGAGGUCUUCGCGGUGGAGUGGCCCAUGGCUCACUGGAAGGGUCAGAACUCCCCUUCUCUGGACACAGUGGAGCUGAACAACCGCAACUGUGUGACAGAAAAGACUGCUGUGUGUGCCUCAUGGCUCAAGGAGUGGCUCGAACGGGACCCUGCUGUGUUCAAGGCUGAUGUGCCCCAGGGCUUUGAGAUGGGGACUGCUUAUUCUGGUAAGGACAAAUUGAAAGUUAGAAUAUUGAUUGAGGGUUGGAAAGCCUAUUUAUUCCCUAGUGGGGUCCCUCAGGUGGAGUAUUGGCCUCCUGCUUGA